UCUGCUUCUGCGCUUUGCUAUGUAUUGACUAGACUCCUAUUCGAACACUUCCGGGAAGGGAGAGUGACUCAGUUUGUGAUAGAGCUUCUGAACUGCCUGGGUGAAAGCAGGAGACAACAUGUUUGCCUUUAACAUGUUCGACCAUCCGAUACCUCGCGGUUUUCAGAACCGCUUUUCCACACAGUACCGCUGCUAUUCGGUUUCCAUGCUGGCUGGACCCAAUGACCGCUCUGAUGUGGAGAAAGGAGGAAAAAUUAUCAUGCCUCCAUCUGCUCUGGAUCAACUAAGCAGAUUGAAUAUCACUUAUCCAAUGCUCUUCAAGUUAACCAACAAAAAUUCUGACAGGAUGACGCAUUGUGGCGUUCUUGAGUUUGUAGCAGAUGAAGGCAUUUGUUAUCUCCCACACUGGAUGAUGCAAAACUUGCUUUUAGAAGAAGGAGGACUGGUACAAGUGGAAAGUGUCAACCUUCAAGUCGCCACGUACUCCAAAUUUCAACCCCAGAGCCCUGACUUCCUAGACAUCACGAAUCCCAAAGCAGUAUUGGAGAAUGCAUUGAGGAACUUUGCCUGUUUGACCACAGGAGAUGUGAUUGCCAUUAACUACAAUGAGAAGAUUUAUGAGCUUCGCGUCAUGGAGACAAAGCCAGACAAAGCUGUAUCCAUUAUAGAAUGUGACAUGAAUGUGGAUUUUGAUGCUCCACUCGGUUACAAAGAGCCAGAAAGACAUGCUCAACAUGAAGAGCCAACGGAUGUUGAACCAGAUCACAGUGAAUAUGUAGCAGACGUAGGGUUCAGGGCGUUCACAGGAUCUGGUAAUAGAUUGGAUGGGAAGAAGAAGGGGAUUGAUCCCAGUCCUACGCCACUAAAACCAGAAGAUAUUCGAAGAGGAAUUCCUAACUAUGACUUCAAGAUUGGCACAAUUACUUUUAUUAGAAAUUCCCGACCACAAGCAAAGAAAGUAGAAGAAGAUGAUUCUAUAAAUCGCUUUAUCGCAUUUUCUGGAGAAGGACAGUCUCUGCGGAAGAAAGGCAGAAAGCCCUAGAGUGACGAGCAAGUAGAUAAUAAAAUGAUGCAGCUCAUUUGGUUGUAUUUCUUCAUGUGGAGUGAGAAAAUACAUUUGGAUGCUCUUCAUUUGGGGCAAGCCUCAGGAUGCUGGGGAGGCUCUGACAAACCUGGCAAUCCGUACACAGGUUACUUAUUCUAUCAACCUAAUAUCAGUGUUUCCUAGAUGAGCUGCAGAUGAAAGAUGUACAAAUUAUCGCAAGAGAUGGAUGCAAGGUACAGCUAGAAGGAGGCGUAUAUGACGGAUAAAGGCGUCUCGGUGCAAUGUUUCUAUAAAUUACCAUUCCCUUGUUAAGGAUCUUUGUUACCCUGUCACACUUACAUUUAUAGCUCUAGGCAAUCCUUGCAAUGCAGUGUGCCUUUUGCAAACAAUAUAGAGCAGCAGAAUUGAAAUUAUGGUAAAAAUGAGGAGGGGACUUAACACUGAAAAGGGGUUUCCCACAAUACAAACUUAUUUCAGAUAAGUAUCUGAUUGGUGCAGGUCAAAUCGCUGGAAUCCUCAAGAUGAGCAGGCUCCCGUUCCUCUGAAUGAAUAAAUCUCUAGGUGGAGCAUGUGUGCUACCGCUCCAUUCACUCUAAAGGAUUGCUGGAAAUAUCCUAGCGCUGCUCUUGGCUAUCUCCGACAGUCCAAUAGAGAGUUAAUGCAACAAGAGCUGCACCAUUCAUCCAAAAGAUAUGCCCUAGAGGCCUGAGGGACCCUUACCUGUGGGGUCUGUCCCACAUUUUCUUCAU